AUGACCUUCCUAUCACUCCUCCCUACCGACAUCUCCACUUCUUUUCUCAGUGUGGUCGUCCUUUUCCUCGCAUAUCGAUAUGUGAACGCGUAUCGUGUUAAGGCUAAGUUGGACGGGAUCCCCACGGUCGGCCACAACGGAAUCUUCUCUUCGUACAUCACCGCUUGGCAACUUCUCAAGGAUGGGAGAGAUGUUAUCGAAGAAGGUUGUCGGAAGUACCCCAAUCGGGCGUUCAAAGUUCCAACAAUGCAAGGCUAUCACAUCGUCGUGAAUGGGCCAAAACUCGUGGACGAACUUCGUCGGGCAAACGAGGAUGAUCUGUCGAUUAUGGCUGCAAUGACGGAUACCCUUAAAGCAAUCUACACUAUCUCUCCCACCGUUAACGAGAACCCGUACCACGUAGACGUGAUCCGUACGCCGCUCACGAGGAAUAUCGGUGCACGGUUUCAUGAAGUACAGGAUGAAAUACGUGCUGCAUUCAAAGACAACAUCCCUAAUGCAGAAGAUGACUGGGUUGAGAUAUCCGUCGUUAAGCCAAUCCGAAACAUCGUUGUUCGUGCCUCCAAUCGGUUGUUUGUAGGAUUACCCUUAUGUCGUGACCCGGACUACUGCGAUCUCAAUAUCUCAUUCACGAUUAGUGUCGUAGUAAACGCUACGGUCAUAUCCCUCUUUCCAAAAUUCUUACAUCCAAUUGUCGGUCGCAUUUUCACAGUUGGAAAAUCUAGCCUUCGAAGGGCGCUUAAACAUUUGAGGCCUGUUAUUGAAGAACGAAUUAGGAUGGAUAGAGAGCACGGGAAAGAUUCGUAUCCCGACGGAAACCGUCCGAACGACUACAUUUCCUGGCUCAUCGACACAUCUGAACAAAUGGGCGAGGACUGGCAAAGAGGCUCUGUCGAAGAUCUCGCUCUUCGAGUUUUGGCUGUCAAUUUUGCAGCAGUCCAUACUACUUCCAUGGCAUUCACCCAUGCACUUUAUCACCUAGCCGCCAACCCACAGCUUGCACAACCUCUUCGGGACGAACUAGAGGCCGUGACAGGCAAGGAGGGGUGGUCAAAAGUUGCAAUGGUUCAACUCAAACUCAUGGAUUCCUUCUUGAAAGAGUCACAAAGACAUAUCGGAGCUGGAGCCAUCGGUGUCGUACGUAUUACCCAGAAAGAUUUCCGAUUCUCAGAUGGAACUAUUGUCCCUGCUGGGCUUAGAGUCGGAAUUCCUACUUAUCAAGUUCAUCAUCAAAAGGACGUCUACACCUCUCCGGAAUCCUUCAUCCCAACCCGCUUCUUCGACCUCCGAGCUCAAGAAGGCGAAAGCGUCAAACAUCAGUUCGUCACUCCAACUCCUGACUGGGUCGUAUUCGGAUCAGGGAAACAUGCUUGUCCUGGGCGGUUUUUUGCAGUCAACGAAAUCAAAGCAAUGAUUGCAUAUGUUCUCUUGAAUUACGACGUCAAAUUCAGAGACGAUGCACCGGGAUUUCCUCCAUCUCUGUUCUGGGGAGGCAACGUCGCGCCUAAUCAAUCUGCGAAGGUGAUGUUUAGGAAGCGGAAGGUCCUAUAA